AUGGCUCGUAGUUCAGUCCCGGAGGAUAUUUAUGAAAUUGUUGGAAAAUUAAUGUUUGCCUACGGUGAUGAAGCUGAACCGAUUGAAAUAUGUCAGCAACACGUCACCGAUAUUUUGCGUGAUCAAAUGAUGGAUGCAGUGAAUAGAGCGAAGAAAUAUGCAUCAUUACGAGGCUGUAAAAGACUCGAAUGUGUGGAUUUCUUAUUUCUUCUACGUAAAAAACCGUUCCAUCUUGGUCGGAUUUAUCGUAUGGCUAAAUCAGCAGAUUUGUUAAAAGGUUUCCACGAAGAUUAUGAUACAGAAUGUGAUAUCUUGGCCGAAGUUCCAACUAGUAAUUCAGAUUUCUGUGGAAAAGAAGCACAGUCAAUUUAUGAUACUGUUGGAUUAUUCGAUGUGACGGGUGAACUGCAGAGAUAUUUGAAAAGCGAUGUAAAAAUUGAUGAAGAAAAACGUGAACGUUUGAAACGGUUGUCAGAACGUACGGCAUUGAUGGAUGAAGAUGAAUAUAAAGAAUAUACCAUAGCAAGGACAUAUAGCUUUUGUUCUGGACAUGGCGUUAGGAAAGCAAAAAUUGGUCGAUUUCUUAAAUGGGUAGGUGAUCCUGAAAUUGCUCCAAGUGCUUUAAUGAUCCUGAACUAUAUAGCAUGCGAAAUAAUUUGUUGUUUGGUGGAGGGUGCAUUAUGGUCGCGAAAGGAAGAGGGAAAGAAUCAUUUCGUUGAUAUUUAUCCUUUCAAAGCCUUGCAACCGAGGCAUUACGAGGAAUCACUGCGGAGAAACAAAGCAUAUAUGAUUGGUGGCGAUGUAACGCCAGAAAAUUCGGUGGAUAUGUUUGUGAUAUUUGGACUGAUAGUGAUUGGACUUGCGUUAUUUAGUAUGUGUAUCGAUGUUCUUCAAAUUAAGUUCGAAUGGUUAUUUGAGGAAUUGCUGGUAACAUUGCUGAUGGAAUGCAAACAAAAGAGUGUCCCAGCUGAAAAAAUAAAAAUUCCGACUGAGAUAGAUUUUGUUUCCUUAUGGCGUCUAUGGCGUAAACGAAUGCGUAAACGAAAAAUGCAACGUAAAAAUACAAUCACAAAUAUCAUAUUGCUACGAUUUAAACGUGAUUGA